AUGCCUGAAUCCAAUAUCAAUCCAACUAAUACCACCACGUCUACUAACACCACAACUACAAAUGAUCAAAUUAAAUUAACUAAACUUCAUACUAAUCCUAAAAAGGGAUACAAGUUAGGUAGUGCCUCAGCUACUUGGAAAAAGAUAAAAUCAGCUACAUCAACCAGCAGUACCAAUUCUAUCCCUGUUAGUUCAAGUGCAAGUAGUGGUGAUGAUGCAGUUGAAGAGGGUUUAGAAGAUUUAUCAUUAGGUGGAGGCGUAUCAACCUUGAUUGAAUAUGGAUCUCAUGGUCAAAUCCUUAUGGUUUAUCCUGAAUCUUCAGUAUUAGAAAUAUGGGAUUGGAAAUCAAUUGAUCAUCAAAAUGGUCAAAAUACUUCAAAAAUUGUUGAUACUGAUACGUUACAUUUGAAUUAUCAACUUAAAAUCGCCAAGCAAUAUGAAAGUUCUAAUGAAUCAAUUAAGUUCUUUAAUAUCAUUAAUGAACAAUCUACUUUUUAUAAUCUUAUCGUUGUUAAGAAACAAGGUGAUAAAUCAAAUUUAGAAUUACAUAAAGUAACCCUUGAAUAUGGAUCCACUACAAUAAUUCAAUCCAUCACUUUACCAUUUAUAUUUGGAAAUCCAACUCAUAUCAAAACUUCCAAUAAAUUCAUCAUUAUAGGGGAUAAUGAAGGAUUAUUAUUGAUUUAUAAAUUUGAUCUUGAUCAUAGUGAAAUCUUAUUUGGUAAUGUGAAUGCUUCAUUAUAUUCAAUUAAGAAAUCUUCAUGUCAACCGAUCUUAAGUAAAUUUAAUAUCAUUAAUAAGUUCCCUAAUGAUGACAUCUUAUUACAAACAAGUUUAAGUUCUGAUGGUAUACCGAUCUUUGAUAUUAUUGAUAAUUGGUUGGUUUAUUCUCCAUCAACGUUUGAAUAUAAACAUUUAUUAGCUAUGGGAAGUAAUAAUAAUAAUUCAGCAGCUACUAGCACUGCCACCAAUACCACUCCAAAUAAUGUUAUGAAUGAUACGUUUAUAAUUAAUGAUGCAUCGUAUGAUGAAUUAGAUCCGAUCAUAACUAAUUUCAAUACCCCGAAUAAUACAAAUUUGAAUUUAAGUUUAAAUUUACAAGAUUCAACAGGGUUUACCCCCGUGAAAUUACCAGCUUCAGGUCCAUUAUUAAACAAGGUAUUAUCAAGUUUAUCAAAUAGUGCUCUUGAUGGAUUAUUUAAAUUAUCUGAAUUAUCAUCAAUGAAAGUGAAAUCAUUAAUAAGUACCGACUCACCAACCAAUCCCACCAGUAAUAAUACCCCAUCUACUACUACCGCUACCAUGAUGGAAACUCCCACUUUAAAUUCGAUUGGGAAAUCAAUUGGGAAAUUAUUAUAUUCCACGGCAUCAACCACAGCUCAUACACUUUCAAGCACAAUGAAGAAAACAUGGGAAGAUGGAUAUAAUAAUCGAAUCAUUAAAAUCCUUGAUUUAUCAAAUGAUAAAGUAUUAGGUAUUUUCAAACCACCAGGAGGAGUAUCGAAAUUAUCCCUCUCUCCCUAUGAUUUACAAUUGAUCUCAGUCAAUAUGAGAGGAGAUUCACUUUAUAUGUGGGAUUUAUAUCGAUUAUCAUAUGAGAUAUCCUUAAUUGGGAAAUUCCAACGGGGUAAAACCUCUGCAAUCAUUUCCGAAAUCUUUUGGUUUAUGAAUAAUAAUUAUAAUCAUAAGGAUGAUUUAGUGUAUGGGAAUAAUUCAGGAUUUGGAUGUAUUAAUAAAGAUUCAGGACUGAUUCAUUGGUUUAAUAUAAAUUAUUUAAGUGGGACAUUGAAUAAUAAUCAUAAUUAUCCUAAUAGUUUAAAAAUGAAAAAGAAAAAGAAGAAGAGAGUGAGUUCAGGAAGUAGUACUAGUUCCAAUAUUAAAGUGAAAGGAGGAAAUGGUGGUGAGAUUAGUCUGGUUAAUGGUGGUAAUGGUGGUGGAGGAGGAGGUCAAUUUCUUGAUUCAUGGAUUUUAUCAUCAUUCAAAGCUAAACGAUUCAUUCCAUUACCUAAUAUUUCCAAUGAUGAAUCAGGAGAAUAUAUCAAUCAAUUGGCCAUUUUAUCCAAGGAUAAUGAAUUAAAAUUAAUCUCUCCUUUGAAUGGAAAUCAUGUAUUUAAAUAUGAAUUACCCACUCAACCCGUGAAUGCCAAUGUGAUACCGAGUUUGAUCCCCCAAGAUGCUCAAGAUGAAGAUAUUAUAUCUAAUGUGAGAUUAAUUAAUCCUCUUUCACAAGCUGAGAUUGAAACUUGUGCGCCAUUUUUGAAUUUAAUAAAUAAUAAAAACAUUGAAUUUGCAAUUUAUGAUUUCCCCACCAAUGAACACGAACAAGACGAACAUGAUCAAGGAGAUCAAUUUUAUGAUUAUUUUAAAGAAUUUGGAAAUGAAAUUCCUCAAAGAGUGAUCCCCAUCAAGAGAAAUUACGGUUAUAGUUCAAAAAUCAAAUUGAAUCCUCAGAGUAGCAGUAGUGUUUCAUCAACUGGUACCACUAGUCCCAUCACUACUGCUUCGGGAAGUAAUGGAGAUGAAGGAUUAUUGAAUUUACUGAUUGAUACUGGAUUAAUCGAGAGAUGA